AUGAAAUUUCCUUCUGAAUCAGGCCGAAUCAUCAUAGUACAUGCAGAUCAGAAAGCAGCCAGGGAGUGUUAUUUCGCUAGUCUCCGGUUGCCCCGCCUCGGAGUAGCCGAGCCGCGUCGAGAGAAACGCGUGCACUCGAUAGCCCAAGACCUCGAAACGGUUGUAGACUUCGACCCUCGAAUGGAGCAAGACGAGAGGGUCAAGCCGAUUGAAGAUCGGUACCCAAUGGUUAUCGGGCCGAUCAACCAGCAUGUCACCUACCUCGGUUCUAACCUGUCCGAGAUCGAAAGGCGUGAAAUCGAAAAUGUAGUAAAGAAAAACAAAGACCUCUUUGCAUGGAGGCCGGCCGACAUGCCCGAGAUUGACCCUAACUUCUUGUGCCAUUGGCUCUCAGUGUGCCGGGAGGCAAAACCGGUCGCCCAACAUAAGAGAAAAAUGGGGGAAGAGAGGAAAAAGGAAGUUGAAGCCGAAACGUCCAAGAUCCUUGAAGCAGGUUUCAUUCGAGAAAUCCAAUACACAACAUGGCUGGCCAACGUUGUCAUGGUCAAGAAGUCGAAUGGCAAAUGGCGAAUGUGUACUGAUUACACAGAUCUGAACAAGGCCUGCCCCAAGGAUGCUUAUCCAUUGCCAAACAUAGACCGAUUCGUGGAUUGUGCGGCUGGUCAUAAGUUCCUGACAUUCCUCGAUGCAUACUCGGGCUAUAAUCAAAUUCGAAUGUACCCCCGAGACGAAGACAAAAUGGCAUUUGUUACAGAUUCUGCCAAUUACUGCUACGAAGUAAUGCCAUUCGGCCUGAAGAAUGUUGGGGCCACAUAUCAAAGGCUCAUGGACAAGAUCUUCGGUGAUCAAAUCGGGAGAAAUAUGGAAGUUUACGUGGAUGAUAUGGUUGUCAAAUCGGGCGACACACUUGCCCAUAUAACCGAUCUUGCCGAAGUCUUCCGGGCCCUCAGGAAACAUCAGAUGAGACUUAAUCCCGAUAAGUGUGUAUUCGGCGUCUCAGGCGGCAAGUUUUUAGGUUUCGUGUUGUCAAGUCGGGGCAUCGAGGCUAACCCGGACAAAUGCCAAACUAUCAUCAACAUGAGGAGUCCAUCAAACUUGAAAGAGGUCCAAAAGUUAGCUGGUAGACUAACAACUUUGUCUCGUUUCCUACCAUGUAUGGCCGAGACUUCCCAGCCGAUCCUUGGCCUUUUGAAAAAGGCAAACAGGUUUCAAUGGACGGAAGAAUGCGAAAUAUCUUUUCAACUUUUUAAGAAAUGCCUCGGCACUCCCCCGAUAUUGACCAAGCCAACAUCCGGUCAAGAACUAAUCUUGUACUUGGCGGUUUCGAGCGAAGCCAUAAGCGCCGGCUUGAUACGGGAACAUGACGGCCAACAGCAACCGAUAUACUUCAUUAGACGAGUGUUGCAAGAUGCCGAACGGCGAUACCAACUGCUAGAGAAGGUAGCGUUGGCACUCAUGUAUGCGGCUAGGCGUCUCCGUCAGUACUUUCAGAGUUACACCGUCGUGGUCCGAACAGAUUGUCCGAUUGCCAAAGUACUGCAAAAACCAGAAUUAGCCGACCGAAUGAUGGCAUGGUCAGUUGAGCUCUCAGAGUUUGAUAUCCGUUUCGAGCCUCGAGGGUCUCGAGGGGCCAUCAAAGCACAAAGCUUAGCCGAGUUCGUUAAUGAAUUAUCCCCACUCGGCCAGUUUGAAGAUACCGCUUGGACUAUGCAUGUGGAUGGGUCGUCCAAUCAACAAGGAAGUGGUGCCGGCAUAAUCUUGGAAAGCCCAUCCGGAAUUACCCUCGAACAAUCGUUGCGAUUCGGCUUCAAGACCUCUAAUAACCAAGCAGAAUAUGAAGCUUUGCUUGCCGGCAUGAGGUUGGCUGCCGAGAUGGGUGCUACAAAAGUUGAGUGUUGGACUGACUCGAAGGUGGUGGCCGAACAAGUCAAUGACAACUUUCAAGUCAAAGACGCGCACUUGUUGAAGUAUUACCACAUGUUCAAGGCAAUGAAAGAUCAGUUUCAUGAAGUACAAGUCCGACACUCACCACCGUGUAACAACGAGAGAGCUGACCAACUAGCUCGAUUAGAAAGUAGCCGAAAACCAGGACAGCUUCGCUCAACCAUUCACUUGGAACUACCUACAUCAAGUAUUCCACAAGAGUGCAUGCCGAUUGAAAGACCGACAAGUUCAUGGAUGACCAACAUCAUAAAUUACAUCAUCAACAGUUCUGAACUGUCUGAUCCGUUGGAAGCCAAGAAAGUCCAAACUCAAGCAGCACGUUACUCUGUAAUUGCCGGUGAACUAUACCGACGAGGGUUCUCCACACCCUUAUUAAAAUGCCUUGACCAGCCACAGGCCGAUUAUGUUCUACGAGAAAUUCAUGAAGGAAUUUGUGGAUCACACUCAGGUGCAAGAACCUUAGCUGCUAAAGUGCUGAGAGCCGGCUACUACUGGCCGACCUUGAAAACCGACUGCGCCGAAUAUGUGAAGAAGUGCAAGCAAUGGCAACAGCAUGGAAACCUAAUACAUGCCUCGGCCGAGCAGCUCCACUCGGUCAGCGCCCCUUGGCCGUUUGCCUUAUGGGGCAUUGAUAUUCUCGGCCCGUUUCCACUCGCUAAAGGUCAAUGCAAGUUUCUGGUAGUGGCCGUUGAUUAUUUUACUAAAUGGAUUGAAGCCGAGCCGCUAGCUACCAUUACAGCAGCCAAUGUUCAAAAAUUCUCCAACGGUCAAGCCGAGGCUGCUAACAAGGUUCUCCUCAUCAAGUUGAAGAAACGGCUUGGCACGGCAAAGGGAGCAUGGGCCCAAGAGCUACCUGAAGUUCUUUGGGCAUACAGGUGCACACCUCAAUCAAGCAUAAAGGAAACUCCAUUCUGGCUGGCAUACGGCACAGAUGCUAUGAUUCCAGUCGAGGUUGGUGAACCUUCAUUCCGACAAACACACUUUCAUGAGGAGUCUAACGACGGCACAAUCCGAGCCGAACUUGACAUCGUGGAUGAGGUCCGAGAGAAAUCCCAAGUCAUCGCUGAAGCGUGUAAACAACGAAUGACCCGGCGAUUUAACUCCAAGUUAAGACCAAGGAGUUUCCAAGAAGGUGAUCUGGUUUGGCGAUCAACUGGCUCGGCACGACGAAGCUCGACUGAGGGGAAACUAGCGGCAAAUUGGGACGGCCCAUUCAGAGUCAGACACACCCUUAAUAAUGGUUCUUACAAGUUAGAAGAAUUGUCCGGCAAGAUCAUCCCCCGGACAUGGAAUUAUACUCAUUUGAAGACCUAUUACAGUUAG